CAUAUCGACAUUUUUCUCUGGUCUCGUGUGCGCAUGUUCAUCAUGUGACAGAAAGCAGACACCCUCCGUGCAUCUCUUGCAGGACUCGGAAAGUUAAAGAUUAGUUAAGAAAAUUUCUUAAUUAAACAACCAUGGGGGCUUCCUGGGCGCCAGUUCUCUUCUUUACGGUUGUCUGGGGUGCAGUCGGCAUUGUCCUGCCGUUUUUCGUGCCAAAGGGACCGAAUAAGGGAAUCUUGCAAGUUAUUCUAAUGCUCACAGCAUUUACUUGCUGGUUGUUCUGGUUGUGCUGUUAUAUGGCUCAAAUGAAUCCACUGAUAGGUCCAGCUUUAAAGAAUACCACAGUAUUGUUGAUGGCUAGAGAAUGGCAAGACUACAACCCAUUUUUACCAAAACCAUAAGUGUGAAGAUGAUUGUGUACAUAUAAAUAUCAGCAAUGUAUUAUUAAUUUUACAAGAUAUGAUUGCUACUCUUUCGUUCAAGACAUGUUGUAUAGGUAUUAAUUAUUACUGUUUUACUAUAAGUAAAAUAUUUGAUCGUCAUAUUUUGAUUUGUCAUCAUCUAUGAAAAUGUAAUGUAAACUAUUAUUAAAACCAAACCUUAUACAAAUUGUUACAAUGUAUCUAGAAAAGAAGAUGAUUUAUUGCAUUCCUAACGUAAUAUUAUUGUGUCCUAUAUUGGAAAAUAAAUAAAUAUGCUAUUUUAUAUUUUA